UUAGUACGUUCCAGUACGUUCGCGUCAGUCCCUCAGUCCAGUCGUGAGGUUCGCGCUCGAUCGAAGUGACUCGUGAGAGGCGUCGCUGCGUUUUAAAGCAGGAAUAAAUUCAGGGACGGAAGUUCGUGACAGACAGAAGAGAAAAGCUACGGAAGCUUGCUCGCAGUUAUGGCACGUACCAAGCAGACGGCUCGUAAGUCGACGGGUGGAAAGGCGCCCAGGAAGCAGCUCGCCACCAAAGCUGCGCGUAAGAGCGCGCCGUCCACUGGAGGCGUCAAGAAACCUCAUCGUUACAGGCCCGGUACCGUGGCACUUCGAGAAAUCCGAAGAUACCAGAAGUCUACCGAGUUGCUCAUCAGGAAGUUGCCGUUCCAGCGUUUGGUUCGUGAAAUCGCCCAGGAUUUCAAGACCGAUCUGCGCUUCCAGAGCGCCGCUAUAGGUGCCCUCCAGGAAGCGUCGGAAGCUUACCUGGUCGGCCUGUUCGAAGACACGAAUUUGUGCGCCAUUCACGCCAAACGUGUCACGAUCAUGCCAAAAGAUAUACAGCUCGCGCGGCGAAUUCGCGGUGAACGCGCUUAAACCGUUUGCGAAUACGCAGAGCGUUCCCAUUUUACUUUUAUUUGGACACUCUACGUUUCUGAACCAUCUAAAAUUUUUCUUGACUCUCUUCUGUGUAUAUUUAUCAUAGUUAACACACUGCCAACCGCUGUAAUAGAAGGGAAAAACACGAAGAAUAACGAGUGAGUCUUCAUUAGACUUUCUAAUGCAAUGAGACGUAGUGAUUCAUACCAAUGAUAAAAAAAAAUCGACAAAUUUAAAAAAGUGGUGUAAUUUACUUUUAAUAUACAAAAAUUGCUCGAGUCAUUAGUUGAAGAAAGAAAUUGUCCGAAGAGAAGUUUACUUUUUUUUUUAUAUAUUUCAAUGUUGUAGUGAAAAUAUGUAACACGCAAAUGUAUCUCAUAGAUUUCGCCCAUCUUUUUCAUAGAACACUUGGUAUUAGCGCUUUAUUUUAGAAUAUUAAUCGAGGAAGAUGAUUUUACACGGGCAGUAAAUCCACGUUUACAACAUUAAAAAAAAAAACCUUAGCUUAGGUACAAACAAAAUUUAUUAUUUUUACUAGUACAGCUAUAUAUAUGCACACUUUUCAUUAUAAAGGGAUAUGUCUACAAGUAUCGAAGAGCGAUAGAAUACAGACAAGAUAGUUGAUUGUUUAUUGGUAAUAAUAUUAUUACACAACACAUAGUUCGAUUUGCAUUUAGUCUCCUCACACUUUAGACCUGCAAAAAAAAUCAGUGCAUGUAUUGCGCAUAUACGUAUAUAAUAUAAAUUAUAUUGUAAGCUUAGAGGAUAAGUUAAGUGUUUUAUGUAACCCUAAGAAAAUCAUUAAUAAAUACAUACAUCUAGACACGUAUUAUUGAAGAUGCGGCAAGAGGGCUGCAAUUGGCGUUGCAGUUAUUUUUUUCGAUUUGCAAGAAUCUUGGUAAGUACUAUAAAGUAAAAAAAAAAUUAACGUUUUGUUUCCGACUUUCUAUCGUCUAUUCCGUACAAAUCGAUAUUGUUUAACAGUGGCAGCUACUUUCGUUUCGUUCCAAAUGCAGCCCUCGUUGGCGAAUUCGCAAUUAUAGGUUGUAAUUAUCUUAACAAUUAUAGUACUAACCGAAUGAUUAUAACAACAUUAUAGUAAAAUACAUUUUCUAAUGGAUGUAACGAAAA